AUGGACCAAGAAUCCGCCCUAGAUUUGUCUCCAGAUUCGGGAGGGUCUACGGUCAGAAGAGAUCGGGGACCGUCACUGCGUCAGGACUCACCAAUUAGUUACCAUCAGGCAAUUAAUAACUUUUCAAGAUGCUUAAAUGUUACUAGUGAUCCUGGACCAUCCAGAUCACAAGGUGCAUUACCACGGAAUGAAUCAAGACAAGCUGGUCAAGACAAGCGAUCAAGAACUCGUACGCUUCAAGAAAAAAUAGAUGCUAUUAAUCGUGUGCACAGUGGCAAAUCUAAAGCCGCUGUCGCACGCGAUAUCGGCGUACCCGAAUCGACCCUGCGCGGUUGGUGUAAGGCUGAGCAGAAGAUUAGAAUUCAGUUAAACAACAUAAAGGUUUCAGGAACACCACUGGCAGGUUAUGGAUACAUUCUGACGUCGAAUUCAGAUAACAGUAACAAUAGUAGAGCAUGUUCUUCAUCGCGAUCAGCCCCAACCGCUCGAGCUACGAUAUUAGGAUCAGCUACCAGCAUUAUGGAGAAAGUUGAGAAAUUUGAAACCGAUCCGCCCCAUAAACGACUAAAAAUUGACAAUACAUCAGCUAACAUCUCAACAUCAGCUCGAGCGAUGACAUCGAGUGACAUCAAUCCAUUCCUGUAUAAUAUAAUGUCGACGGCUUAUAUAAACAGUACUUUAGCUAUGUUAACCACAAUAUUGAAACCAGAAACAUUCCUUUCUUUCUCUGGAUACGCGCCUGCUGCAACUCUUUUUACGGAUAGUCUGCUGUCCGGGAACAACUGCACAGUGACCAAUACGGCAACAACAAACAUGAGGCAACAACAACUACAACAACAGCAGCAGCAACAACAACAAUAUCAAUCGCAACAGCAAAUCAACGCUACAACAAAUACGCUACCUAAUGAAAGUAAAAAAAAGUCUAGCGUACAAGGAUAUUCAACCAUCGACAUCCAAAGGGCGCAGUGUAAUCGAUCAUCGAACGUGGAAAAGUCGUCUGGAAGCUCGAUAUCUCAACCGAGCAAUCAAAUCAUGGAGAAUCAAAUGCCAUCAACAUCAACGAACAGCAGUAAUGCAGUCGUAAGCGUACAAUCAAGAAACGGAAAAACUCUAAAUAGUAUAAUAGACAGUCUGCAUGGAUCACGAAAAAUGGGGUUUUAG